GCAUCAGAUGAAAGAGAACGAUUCAAAGACUUCCAUCGAUGGCAGCAUCAGUCAACAAUGGGGCCUACGAGCUUCCAUGACUAUGCAAAAACCUGUGCGGAGAAUAUCGCGUUUCUCCAUCUUCUCCAUUCUGUAUCUACUACGCCUUCACGUAAUACGUUUGAGACGAAAAACAAUCAGGCGAAAGACUAUACACUCACUCUUGCAGAAGAGCAUCGACUUGUGGAGUCCCUUGCUUUCUUAGCAAACGAUCGCGACGAUGUCAAUCAUAUCCCAGCCCUCUGUGUCAAGCAGGAUACAAAGACGUCCUCGUUGCGGGUUUUGCUAGCCGUUAAUCAGGCUCGAUGGCAGGGCGGUGCUCACAGUCUGCAACGGCUUCAGAGGGGCUUUGACAGUAUUUUCAUUCUACUAGCGGAUGUCGGGAAACGGACGGAACAUGACAUUUUGAAUGCGAUUGUUGCAAUGUGCACAAAACGCAUACUGCUGAGGUUGAGGCUCGCGCAUAAAAAACGGGGCCUGCCAAAGCAAACGAUCCAACAGGUCCUUCGGUCUACAAUUCAGUGCCUUGGGAAUCUUGAUAGCAAGAGGUUGGGCCAGCUUCACAAGCCAUCCAUCAUGUUCAUCCAGAAAGCCAAAAUCAUCAUCAAGUUGGCGGAUAACUGGGUUAAACACCAGACUCCUGUUCGAUUGAGAGAGUUGAUUGACUCGAUUUAUCUCUUGAAGCAGGCAGUAAACGUUGAAGCGCUACUUGGCGUCAUGUCCACCCGAAACAUGGAUCCUUCCAGCCGGAAGAGCAUGAUCAAUACUAUCCGUAAGGUUGCAAGAUAUCGCGAAAUAUCUCGAUAUUUACAUCCCUACGUCCAACCUUCGGGAGACCGCUAUACACCGAGUUUCGAAUCUGUUCUUGCACAAACUAAUCGAUCAUACCGGGAAGCGGAUGUUGCUCGAAUCUGCCGAUUAAUCGGUGCUACCAAAACCGAUGCCUACCAGAUGUUCGCCAGUCAAGUCAUAAGGACUCUAUCACAAUCAAAGAUACACGCUGAGAUACAACUUCUAUACUACAUCGAGCUGAAUCCCUCUAGUUCCCCUCCACGUAUCGUUGCCUCAAGUAAAGAUGCAUGUUUCCUAUGCAAUGCAUUCAUACUUAUGCACGGCAAACUGCAUACCGCUCGAACUCAUGGUCGCAUCUACCCUGGGUGGCGACUACCAUCUAUGCCGAAAUUUAUGGAUCUGGAGCAGAGUUUUAAUGCACUAUUAGAGAACGAGAUCGCUGAAAGUAUCACUUUGCUGUUUUCAAGGGGCCAGAGAACAGUGUACCCUGAUCCUCUUGAGAGCACUCUCCUCACUUUACCCUAUUCUGAGUCAACACUGCACAGUAUAAUGAGAGCUCCGAAUGAAAUCUAUAGAGAAGACUCUGUUCCACUGCUCUGCAGUAACAUAGAAAGAAUACAAGUGAACAUGGAAACGGCAGUCGUCACGUCCAAAGAAGGGGACACGAAGAAUACCGGGGACGAUUCUCAGCAAGAAUCAGCAGAAGUCACACAGGGGAAGCUCACAGAAGAUUCCCACGAAUCUUUGUCUGUGAAUCGAGCAGACAGAACUCUUGUGAAGUCUCCUCAAUCAGCAACCGCCGCUACCGCAAACAACAUACCAAACAGCAUUUCUGUAGCACCCGUCCCCACGAUAUCUCGCGCAAGUACCGAAUUGGAGAUGGUGCAAGGGCAAAUUUAUACUCUCGAGAAUCAGCCAACGCAUUGUACUGUCGGAAAACUACACGUGUACAUGGAUUACCCUGUCCGAAGUACCGAGCAUUCCAGUCAUUCCCUCACGUGGCUCGAGGAUCCCGAAGCAGAAAGACUUGUCACAAGCGAGAGUGUUUUCAUAGCGGACAUUGCCGAGUUGGAAGAUGAAGCAACGUACGAGGUUGAUGAUCAAAGCAACUUUUACAUAUCUGCCUGCGGAGCGAUAGUGCGAAUCACAGCCUCCAGUAUAGUGGAAUGAUCACAAUUUUUCUUGUUUUUUUUACUGUAAAGAGGUAACGGUAUAUAUUAUUUAGGUAGCAGUAGAUUUGUACGUAAAGUUUGUUUUUGUGAGUGAGUGUUGUCUUACACAACAUACAAGGCUGACAUAUAUAUCUGCAAGGCUAGGAGUGGGUCCUCCAGCAAAUACAAGAGACUAGGAGAGUAUAUACAGAACAUUCUCCUUAUCGCAUACUGCAACAAGAAGGCGACACCUAUAGUAACAGCGAUGGCGUUGUUCGAGUAGUGAUUAACAAGGCCGCCAUAGUUGU